AUGAAUUUGCUGGGUGUUGAUGUAAGUGGUGCUUGUGCAACAUUCUCACGUCUUUGUUAUUUCGGAGCUCCUUGGUAUUCAGUUAUUGUUCAAUGGUAUCGCCAACAAAGAUCAGAUCAUUAUCGUUAUCCGUCAUCUGACGACGAUAUACAAGUUGUAUAUGAAUCAAAAAACUAUAUUGUUGUUAAUAAAGAUGAUCUUGUUCCAAUUGAUGCAUAUGAUGCUCCGUCGCAAGUUAAUGUAACACAGCAGGUGAAAAAAUGGUUUGAAAGACGGGAAACAGAAAGAUUUUUCAAACAAGAACCAUCACCUACUGAACAACAAAUUGAACAAUGGAGUAAAAAUUUAGCACAAAAAAUUGAAGAUAUUCGUUAUUGUCAUCGACUUGAUUUAGGUACAAGCGGUUGUAUGUGUUUUGCUCGUUCAACAGUUGCAAGUUUUCUUGCUUAUAAAGCAUUUAUUGAUAAACGUGUUUUAAAAUAUUACUUAGCUCUUGUUCAAGGCCAUCUGCAUGCAAAUUAUCCAAUAUUUGUUGACGUACCUAUUGGAGAGAAUGCUUCAUCUUAUGGUCGAAUUAUGUGUACAAAUGAUCAUCCAUAUUGUACAUAUCCGAAAGCUGCACAAUCUCAUAUCGAUGUUUUAGAGCACGGUGAAUACGAUGGAAAACCAGCAUCGAAAGUACUUGUCAGAAUUUUAACAGGCAAAAGACAUCAAAUUCGUUUACAUAUGAAUUAUUUGGGCCAUCCAAUUGUUGGAGAUUAUAUUUAUACAGAACCCAUUGAUUAUAAACCACAUAGAAUUAUGUUACAUGCAAGAUCUUUAACCAUUCAUACUGAUCAAGAGUUAGUUGAUGCUUUAGCAAAAGAUCCUUUUCUUACACAGUUUGAUCCAAAAUGGAAGAGAACUAAAACAAUAUAUCCGAUUAAUCGUUGGUAG